CCUCCCUCCCACAGACAUGCCGCCCGGCUGCGCUUUUACUUUCGUUUCACUGAAGGAGCGGGGAUUCCCGGCACAGAUCGCCGAGCCCGGCACCGGCUCCGUGUGUGUGUCUGUGGCCGCCGUGUGUGAGCGUCUCCGUCGCCGGGAGGAUGGCGUUGCCAGUGUUCCUGCUGUCACUGGCCGUGUUGGAUGUGACCAUCAGCUGGGUGUUGAGUGGGGCACUGCGGCAGUGGUGGAUGGGGCCGCUGUUGCAGCUUUGGCUGUGGGGUGUGAUGCGUCUGGCUGUGCUGUCUGUCUGCUUGCAGCCGCUGGUCCGUAUGAAGGGCAGCUGGCUAGCCGAGCUGUGGCCGGCAGUGGCCACCUGCUGUCUGCUGCUGCCCACCUACAACAGCCUGGCACUGGCCACUGGCUCCACCCACGCUGAGCUCCUGCACGCCCCCCUCACCACCCGCCUGCUCCUCACCUACCUGGCCACUGCCCUGGGGCUGGUGGUGGCCCACCGCUUCCUGCCCCAGACGGAGGCUCAGACACCGGGCCAGACGCCUGCCACAGCCUCCAUCGCCAGACUGCUGUCCUGUCUGCGGCCAGAUCUCAAACGGUUCCUCCUCGUGGCCGUCUUCGUGGUCCUGUCCUCGGCUGGAGAGAUGGCCGUACCCUACUAUUCGGGCCGGCUCACCGACAGGGUGAAGAGUGGGGAAGGGGAGACGGCCUUCACCAGCACCAUACUCACCAUGGCCGCCUUCAGCAUUGGAAGCGCUGUUAUGGAGUUUAUCUGCGACCAGACCUACAACACCACAAUGACUGGGAUUCACACCCGCAUUCAGGGCUCCGUCUUCAGAUCUGUGCUACACCAGGAUAUCAAAUUUUUCGACACGGUCCACACAGGUGAGAUCACGUCUCGCGUCACCUCGGACACCAACACGAUGAGUGAGUCGCUGACGGAGCAACUGAGCCUGUUGAUGUGGUACCUGACCAGGGCCGUGUGUUUGCUGCUCUUCAUGUUCAGCCAGUCCUACCGGCUCUCCCUCUGCACCCUCGUACUCAUCCCCUUCAUCAUCAUCCUGCCGGAGUUUGUUGCACAGUUCUACCAGGGCCUGACGGCAGAGGUACAGACAUCUCUGGCCAAGGCGAACGACGUGGCGACAGAGACGUUGUCGGCCAUGCGGACGGUGCGCAGCUUCGCCAACGAGGCGGGCGAGUGCGAGCGGUACAAGCAGCGGCUGGAGGACACGUACCGCCUCAACAAGAAGGAGGCCGUGCUCUACGCCAUCUACAUGUGGACCAGCAGCCUGUCUGGGCUACUGCUGAAGGUGUGUGUGCUGUGCUAUGGGGGGCUUCUGGUGGCCGAGGGCAACGUCACCAGCGGGGGUCUCGUCUCGUUCAUCCUGUACCAGAUGCAGUUCACCUCCGCCGUCGAGGCCCUGCUCCGUUUCUACCCUCAAGUGAAGAAGGCAGUCGGUGCCUCGGAGAAGGUGUUUGAGUACAUGGAUCUCCAGCCUGCCCUGGCCCUUCAGGGAACUCUGGCCCCAGCGACACUGGGUUCUCACAUCCAGUUCCACAACGUCACCUUCGCCUACCCCAACCAACCUGAUGUUGCCGUGCUGAAGGUGAGCUGGUUCGUUCCCUAGGGCCAGGGGGAGGGGGAGGUGUGGGUCUGAGCAGCGCUGCACCUUACAUGAGGCAGACCAGGGCU